UCAUGAUGGAAUUCCCCUCAGCUAUCCUGGUAACAAAAUCAUGAAUUCAUGUAGGUUAGCCCAUUUGUUUUCAAGAACACAGUAGAUUGAAAGCUUCCAUCCAACUUUAUUACACUUUAAAUUUAAGUGAUAAACUGCCGGAUACCAGCUUGUGAAACAGAGGUCAAAGAUGAAGAAAAUUCGCUUGUCUGACACUGACCUUGAACUCUUUGAACUGGAGAUCAACCCAGGGGAUUAUACAUUCUUCACCAGACACAAAGAGGCCUUCAGAUGCAUGUGGAAAGAACAGGGAUUGUCUUUCUGGAAAAAGUUCAUCAUAACAUUUCGAAGCUUUACCAAUCGACAUGGAGCUAUCAAAGAAAUAUCCAGUAAUUCUAAAAAAUUUGAAGACUUCAUCGACCAGGCAUUUAUUUUUGUUCAAGAAAACUUUGUAGAAGGGAGAGAGGGGAAAGCUAAGACCUUUAUUGAUGAUGUAGCCAAACUAGCCCAGAAUAGAGACCGGUUUAAAGAUCUGGAUUCCAAAUCUUUUGCCAAGGAUCCAUUUUACAUGAGAGAUACAAGAGAUCUAUUUAGACGAUUCUUUGGUCCACCAGAUCAGAAGGCGUCAUAUCUUAAGGUGUAUGUGGUUAGUCCAAUAUAUUUACGAUUCGGAGGAUCGGUAUGUCGAUGUCUCAGACGUUGGCUAGAUGCUCCUACCAUGGAAGAGGGGGACGAAUCAUAUUGGGUACCUCCUGAAAACCAGAGUAAUGGUAACGAAAAGCCUCGGAGCACUGUGAUAAUGUGCAAACCUUGUCUUGAUGACUGUAGUACAAAAUAUUUCCGAGAAAAAAUAUCUGGAAAAAGAAAUGGGCCAAGCUUUAUAGACUAUUGGACACUAGGAGACCCACGUUUCAAUGACAAAAAUAAUCCUUUGUAUGACUUAUCGGCGAACGAGUUUUCGGAUUGGAGAGACACUCUAUCCAUUGAGAAGUUCCGUGACUUUGUGCAUUAUGCCAAAUUCCAAUAUGGUGAUGAAUCCAACAAAUGCCAGGAGUGUUUGAACUUGAGCAAUAAGCGGGAAGAUCCCAUGGACAGUAUAUCUGUAGCAGACUGCAGGUCAGACGGUCACAAAAAGAAAAAACGCAAGAAGAAGAGCAAGGUCAAACCUACGGCUGACGAUGUGGAUAAUGAUAUCGAUGACCUCGUAGCACACAUUGAAGGAGAAAAACAACUGGAUCAAAUGCCUGUUUCUACAUUCGCUGGGGCCAAAGUUCCAGACACUGUCAUACCCAUUAAGAAAAAUGAGGAUAAGAAUCAAAACAAACCUGUAAGUAAUAAAAAGAAGAAAAUCUAUGAGGAAAGAACUAAGAUAAUGGAGGGAUUUAAGUCUGACAUACUGCAAGCUAAUGAUGACCUUCCAAGGAACAGUCGAUUAGAGGGUUUUAACGUGGUCCGUAUUGAAGACGAUAAGACAGGAUCUAGUGAGCUGACAGUAUCCAUCAAAGCCAUUAAGGGAGAAGAGGGCAGAUCCCCCCGGCCUAAGAUGACGCGAUACCAGAGUUCCUAUCCGCUGACGGCUCAGAUGAUCCGCAGUCACCUGGAGAACCUCCCUGAGAGGCUGGAGUGGUACGAGGGGGACUGCUGGUGUGCCUGUGUUCUGAACUAUGCCACAGAGGAGAAGGAGAACCCUACAGACUUCACCAUCAAAGUUUCAGGACCUGACGAAGAUACCACCAAGAGAACCAUGUUUAAAUUACUGUUUUAUGUGGGGCGGAGGAAGAGCCGGUCCUGCCCGGGCUGGGUGAUGGAGGACGAUGACGUGGUGGCCUGUAUCCUCCCCGACGACUGCCCUGACCAGGAGGGACUGUCCAUCUCUAUCAUCAAAGGCUUUCACUUCCUGGAUAGGCUCAGCAAUGAUGAACAAAAGACCAUGGUUAAGACUGAAGAGGCAGAAAAACCAGCUGAAAAAGUUCUAAUGACAGUAAGAGGAAAAGAUGUGGAAAAACUUCUGCAGAAUGAACUGGGAAAAGGUGUUCUGAAGGUCAUAUUGGACACAUAUGGCAAUAAUGCUAUAAAUGGAAAUACUGGUGGAACCAUUAAUUUAAAUGCACCAUUUUCAGAUAAGAUUGGGAAAGAACAGGAACAACCAAUAUGGACCCAAAUACAAAAGGACCCAGAAAAAUUUGAACUCUUCUUCAUGGUUUCAAAGAGUACUGAACCUCAGCUUCAGAAGAGAGGAUUUACAACCGUGGAUUACUCCCUAUUUGAGAAAGACCCUAUGAAUAAAUAUAUGCCAUGGGAGAGAGUGUUCUGUCUCAGAUGUAAAAGAAACAGAAGAAUUUGUACAUGUGGACCUUUCAAAAAAUUUGUUGAGUUGGAGCAAACAAGAAUGGAACCAGUCAAUGUAACUAAAAGGGAGGAUCUGGAUUUGAGGCUGGGAACCAACAUGAGAAAGCCCAUCCUCCAAGAUAUUCUGAACAGAGAGUUUGAAAAUCAUGCUUCUCUUAAAGAAAAAGACAAGCAAAGAUUUGAGCAGUUGAAGGCUAAUUUACAAAGUGUCCCAGAGGUGGAUGAGGAGAAGGCCAAAGAGGAAAUGAGGGAUUUUAUUGCAUCGGUCCUCAUAAAGAGGAAGAUGGAGGAGGAAAAAGAGAGGCCCAAGAAGGUGCUUUUAUUUGGAAGUGGAUUGAGCAAAGAUGGGGUUAGCAGGAUAAGCCAAGUUAAGACUGUGGAGGAGAGUGGGAAGAAAGAUAAAGCACAGGGAAUUUAUAAUCCAAAUAAUAGGAAGGGUAGAGUAUAUAGAACUGUUGUAAAUGAGAAAAGUAGAAGCAGAGAACCCAGGAGUACAGCGAUUCUAAUUAGACCACCAGAGAAAAAAUUGAGUGUCAAUGGAACAAAAGAAAUACAGAAAGGCAGUAUGGACAAAAUGGCAGGUAGACAAAAGGAAGAAGAAGAGAAAAAAAUUGAAAAUGCUAAAGAUAAAGAAAAGACCCCAGAAGAUGCACCAGUUGGGCUAGAGAGUAUUGAUAAUGAGGACGAUGAUAAUGAAUGGACGAGCACAGAUGAUGAAUCAGAUGAUGAGAAAAAAGAAGACAUUCAGCCAUUACAGACAAAGUCAAAAGAACCAAACAUUCCAGAUGACUCAGCUGAUUGUGCAAAACCACAAGUUGAGAAGGAAAAUAAUGAAGAUACAAUUUCUGCAGGAGAAGGGGAGAUAAAAGCAAUAGAGCAGUCCCCUAUACAAGGACCUGAAGUUGAAGUUAAUAAGGAUGACAUUGAAAGAAGUAAAGAUGAGUCUUCUGUGCUAGAAGUGGACAAAGAUCAAGUAAUGAAAAGUGAGGGUGAUGAAAGUAAGCCAGUUGAUGCGAAGGGGCAGGGAACCAAGAUAAAUGAAGAAGUUCAGAUGGUUACUGGAGUAGAAGGGGGACCAGUCACUACAGAUGAAAACCAAUCAGCUAAUUCUGAAGAGGGAGAAGCUCCUAUAAAGGAGGAGGGAAAACCAACAAGUCUAGAACAGAAGGAGAUAAUUGAAAAUAAUCCAGAAAAUUCCUCUCUGGCAAAGGAAAGUGAUUCACCUGUAACAGAUCAAGAGAGGUCAACCAAUACAGAAGAAACACAGGCAGAAGUAGCAGAUCAGGAAAAGUCAGUCACAGAAGAGAAUCUAUCUGCAGAAGAGAAAGCCACACAAACCACUGCUGAACAAACUGGCUCCUUGGAAAUAAAUGGGAACGAAUCCAUUACUACACUGACGGAACAAAAUUCUACCCAAACUGACCAGGAUGGAAAGCCACAAGAUGAAGGUAGUAAUCAACAUCAAGUAUUGACUGAUAAAAAAGAUGAAGUGCCCUCUACAACAGAACCAGUUAUUGAGAAGAGAGAGGUUCUUGGUGGAAUACUUAAGUGCUGCUCAUUCUGUAACACAGAAGAACCAGCCCCCAAAACAUACAAGAAAUGCCUCAAAUGCAAACAAGAAGGAAUCAUUAGUGCUAGAUAUUACUGUGGGAAAAAUUGCCAAACAUCAGACUGGAAAAUACGUCAUAAAGGAGAGCACAAAGAAAACCUACUGGACUGAAAAGACAUUCAAAGAUUUUGCUAUGCUGUGCUUACUACGAGGUCUUUUGUUCAGAAUUUUGAUGAGCUUGGUGAUUGUAUUCUUAUUAUUUUAUAUUAAUUACCUACUUUUAUUUUUUUUCUUUUCUGUAUACAUUGAUUUUUUUUUUUCAAAAAUGUUUUGAUCAUGUAAUGUUUAUGUUAUGUAAAAUUUAUAGAUAUUGAUUGUUACAUAAAGGCUAUUCAGUUUUAUUAACUGUAGAUCAAGGAUAAUUUUUUAUGUGUAGUUUUAGUUUUGCAUUUAAGUCUUUAGGAAAAUGACAUAUUUUGUGACUUUAUUUGAACAUAUUUUAAGUGGAAUUAUUAUAUCGAAGCACUUAAUAUUAUGUAUGUGUCUAUCUUUUAUAUUUAUUUAGCAAUUCGAUGUUUUCAAAUUUUAUUUUAAAAUCAAAUUAUUUUAUUGGUUAAGUACAAUCAAGAAAUAAUUGUUUAACUUAUAAUUAAGAUUUGAUUUGUCUUACAAAAAUGACUUGUCUUGACUCUCUAUAUAUGAGUACCCUAUACUACAGUGCUUAAAAUGUAUUUAAUUUUCCCAUUUUAUUCGCUGAAUAUGUUUGAAAAUUUUGUGUUAUAUGUGUCCAUGUAUGCACACAUAGCUUAGAGUAUUUUAAAAUUUUUUGAUUAAAAUGAUUGAUCAAUAAAAAUAGCAAUGAAUGAAGCUACUAUCAUGGUUUAUGUAGACGAAGACAUACUCUUUAAUUAAAUGCAUUAUAGGAGGAAACUUC